AUGACCACCGCAUCUUCGUUAACUUUUAGCAGCAUGGAGGCGCCUGUGCUCGAUGACACGAUGGAGAUGGCCUCUCCUUAUCAGGGCCAUGCAGACGAUUUCGAUAUUGACCUCGAUGUCAUGGAAGACCAAGCCUCAACUACCGACAAGGAUAUGACCGCGGCCGACGACUACCCAGAUACUUUACAAGACGCAGAUUUUGCUGACGAAGGAGCAAAAGACGCUGACAUGAUGGAUGACAUCGCCGAACCGGCUAUGGUCGAUGCCGAUGAUCAAUAUCAAGAGGCGGAUCGAAACACGGAGAUGCAGUACGCGGAAGAAUCAUACGAGGAAGAAAUGCUAGAAGACGAUUAUGUGGAUCAUACCGAUACUUCGGUUCCUGAGAUUCAAGAAGCUGAGGCCUUUGGAAACACAAAUCAACCGAACAUACAAGAGGUGGGCCCGCCUGCAGAUACAGUCACCGAGAAUAAUGGUGAAGAAGUUGCAAUUGAGGUUUAUGCGGAGACGGAGGCUGAAGAACGCCGCGAAGGAGGUGAAGAAUCACAGAACGCCGUUGGUGAGCACGCCGAUAGCGCAGACGAACCUUCCGACAUGAAGAAGCCUGAAACCAUUGAGGAGAGUAGCAACGACCACACUAAUGAAGCAGAUCAGUUGAAUCUUCAGCAAGCUGAGCAUGGAGACAAAGAGAUCAUCAGCUCGAGCGUACAGCCACUCGAAAGCGAAGACGCUCGUGGCAGCCCGAUAACACACCCCCUUGAGGAGCGUGAAGUAUCAGAGGAAAAUUCAGGUGGACAAACAAUAGAAGAAGCGAAAUUGAACGAGCCUGGACAGGAAACUCGGCAUGAGUCUGAAUUAGCGAUUCAUGAGGUUCUGCACACUGUCAAAGUCUAUUAUCAAGAUAACGAGAUUUCGUUGUUUCCUCCUCGUGAGGGCGACUCGUCAGAGACAUUUUUCCUCGAAAAUGAGGCUCUUGCUUACGAGUCUCUUGAAAAACUUUUCGAGUCUUGUCGUGAGGUGCUCUACGAGCAUAUCGGAGAGAACGAAGUUCUUGUUUUCGACAUUGAGUCAUUAAAUAUGCAGAUAGCCGAAGACUCUUCGCAUGUUGCUAAGGUAACUUUACACCAGAUCAUCGAUGUUUACCUACGUCUUUGCCAUAACGAUGGUAUCGAUACGCCAGAGCCCCUCUACCUUACAUUGAGUACCAAACUGAAUAUCUCUGCGGAGAUCUCGGAUUUACUUCUAGCUGCAAAUCAAGGAAAGGGUCUUUCUGAGAUACAUCUCUGGGAUGAAUAUCAGGAGGUCGACGACGUGCCGGAUGAAUUGCACGAAACUCAUGACCAGGAAGACUAUGACCGGGAAGAAGGACCCCAAGAGUUCCACCAGGACGCAGCGGAUGAUCAUGAGAGCGAUGAUCAUGAGAGCCACGUCCAUGAAUCUCAGACUGGAGGGGAAGAAGUUGAGCCUAGUCAUCAGGUGCAGCACGCCAGCUCUGCAUCUCACGUGAAGGAAGCCGAAGAAGGCGAUUCCUCUGCCUUGGUAGAUCAGAAAACCAGAGCUACUUCAGAGGUUGCCGUUCCUGGGGCCGAUUCAGGGGAGGAGGGCGCAGUUGAGGAAGAGGGUGAAGUUGAGGAAGAGGGCGAAGUUGAGGAAGAGGGCGAAGUUGAGGAAGAGGGCGAAGUUGAGGAAGAGGGCGAAGUUGAGGAAGAGGGCGAAGUUGAGGAAGAGGGCGAAGUUGAGGAAGAGGGCGAAGUUGAGGAAGAGGGCGAAGUUGAGGAAGAGGGUGAGGUUGAAGCCGAUGAUCCCGAAACUGUUGAUCAGGAGCUUGGUCCUUCUGGUUCUCCAUAUGAAGCAUCAUACGACUCCGAAGAGCUAAGGACAGAAACCACUGCGACUAUGAACCACUUGCCAGGAGUUGAUGAGGUUGAUGCGGAAGAUGUUGGUGACUUGAUAAUUCAUGAUGAGUCAGCUGAAGACGAUGCAACUGAGCAAACCGAGGGCGAAGAUUAUUCUGAAGGCGACCAUGAUGAAAAGUCUGUUGUUGCUGAUGGAUCGAGUGACCAUGCUGCUCAACCACAUGCUGGUGAUCCAACUGAUUCUAGUGUCGAAGAACCCCGCGCUGAACAACCGGAACAUCAGGCCCCAUGGGCUGACAAGGCCGCCGGUAUCGCUGAAGACUACGGAGAUGCCUUUGAAGAAACCUCUGUGACUGAUACCGGCGAUAUUCUACACGAAGAGGAAGGCUCUGCUGCAGACCUGCAGUUGCAAAAUACCAGAGGCCGAAACACUCCUAACGCUACCGAUGACUCGCUUGACCUAGCAGAAGAGCUAUUCCGGAGCCCUUCGAGGGAUGGAAAAAACGAGGAUGGAAAUGCUCCAGAAUUCGGGGAGAUGCAUGAGGAUAUUGAGAACACUACCCAGUCCCACGUUUCUCAACAGGAUAUCGAAGAGUUGCCACUCGAUGACGAAGAAUAUAUCGAUUUGGGGCUUCUUGAUGUUCCAGAGGCAGUCAGCGAACCACCGGCUGCUGACUCGAAACCAAAUGCGAGCGGCUCUACGAAACGACCUCGCGCGUUGGAAGACGAAAUCGAAUUCGCGGAAGCGUCAACCCCCGACCUCAAACGCUCUCGAUCCUCGUGA